UUGAUUCUCCCCUAAUCCCUACCGAACGAAACCAGCCAUCGCCUUCCCCCCUGCUGGAGUCGUCUUCGUCUUCGGUAUUCCCCAGCAGAUCUCCCCGCCUUCCUCCCUCCCCCGAUCAGAUCUCUACCUGUCCCCGAGCUCCGAGCCCUGAAUCCCUAGCGCCGCCGCAAGGUCGGGCCGCGCCGCACAGCCAUGGGCAUCGUGUUCACGCGGCUCUUCUCGUCGGUCUUUGGCAACCGCGAGGCCCGCAUCCUCGUCCUCGGCCUCGACAAUGCUGGCAAGACCACCAUACUCUAUCGGCUGCAGAUGGGUGAGGUCGUCUCCACGAUCCCAACGAUCGGGUUCAACGUUGAGACGGUGCAGUACAACAACAUCAAGUUCCAAGUCUGGGAUCUCGGAGGUCAAACAAGCAUCAGGCCAUACUGGAGGUGCUACUUUCCAAACACCCAAGCUAUCAUAUAUGUUGUUGAUUCAAGCGAUACAGAUAGACUUGUAACGGCAAAAGAAGAAUUCCAUGCCAUCCUUGAGGAGGAUGAGCUAAAAGGUGCAGUCGUCCUUGUAUAUGCAAAUAAACAGGAUCUUCCAGGUGCACUCGAUGAUGCUGCCAUAACAGAGUCAUUAGAACUCCACAAGAUCAAGAGCCGCCAAUGGGCCAUUUUUAAAACAUCUGCCAUAAAAGGAGAGGGACUUUUUGAAGGUUUGGACUGGCUCAGUAACGCACUUAAAUCUGGAAGCAGCUAAUGUAGGAGCCUCCAUGCCAUGAAUCUUUGCUGGAUGGUAAAGAACAGAGCCCGUGCUAUCCAUUCCCUCGCAAGUCAGCGCGGCAAUCUCAUUCUCUUUGUUUUAACUCCAGAAGUUUUACACCAUCAAUUAUCUGUAAAGUGCUUGCUAAAGUUUUCGGUUACAACAUUAGAUGUACCUUCGAAUUGAUAUCAAGAAUAGGUCUGUAGAAAAUGAUGAGCAAACUUUCGGGACUCGACAUACGUGUCUUUCCCAGUAAAUCCCAUGGAUUGUGACAUUAUUUCCAAUGAUUAGACGCCCCACAUUUCUA